GUGGGGCCGAACAGACGGUAACGUGAUCAAGACGCGCAAGCAUUCCGUUAAAUGAAGCGUUAUGUAUGACCCCCCAAGAACCCGUUGUCGUUUCUGAGUGGACUCAUAAACGUGUUUUUUGUGUGUAUAUAUCCGCGCUGCCCGUACAGAUUUUUAACAGGGAUGUUGAAGCUACGGCGGAAAUCAUCUAUUUUCUAAUUCUGGGGCUGAGCGGGUGAACCACAGCAAGCGGAAUUGGCUUCCAUUAUCACUACAGGCAGCGAUAACGAUCUCGACACUGGGGCGAUGUGAAACGCUGAUAUCGCUCGUUCCUUCCGCGCACAGAGGAAUAAGAAUGAACACCGGGCAAGAUAUGUCUCCCGAUUUUGUCUUGAUGCGCCUGGUCUCUGCGGCCGAGGAGGACCGCUUGGACGAUGAGAACGGCAAUCUGUCGUCGGGCACUGGAGUGGUGGCUGGAUUCGGGCAGGAUGUCUUGAGCCACGGAAACGUUAAGGGUAAAUUGGACUGCGCGCAGAAUCAGGUAGGGCUCAGUCACCUCUCAGCAGGAAACAAAGCUCCGCAGUCUAGCGGAAACGAUACACCUGACACCGGCGGUAUGGCGACUAGAGCUUCGCUGUCUGUUCCCCCUCCUCCGCUUCACUCCGCCGAGGCCCGCGCUUACGAUCUCAGCCACAGAGGCAGAAUUGGGCCUCAGCUGUUGGUGUUCCGAAAUGUAUCGAGAGACCCUGAUGAGUUGUCUGAAAACAAUGCGGACGAUAGGCAUACUUCGAGGGCUUUCGAGGAGCAGACGACACAUACUUCCGAGUCGAGCGCCAGCACAAAUAACAACACGCUCAGCGUUGUAGAUGCUCAGCAUCAAUACCAUCCUCCAUGGGCGCUGCAUCCUCAGCUGAAGCUGAAUACAGCGGACACAGAACGGGCUGAACUGUGCCACCGGCAUCGCAUAAUUACGGAUAAACGCGACUGGCCGCAAAUUGUUGACAAGUCAAACCCGACUGCAGUGUUAGACCCUACAUGGAGCAUGAGAGGGCAGGGAGAGCUCCGGCUCCCUGAUAGGCCUGUUUUGGAGCUCGCAAGGCAGUUCGGGGAGCUGGGAGUCGCCCCGGUCCCUGACUUUUUGCUGAAGGACAGCGAUUUACAGCACUGCUCGUGCUCCACGACGACCGGAAUUAGACAAGGCGAAGAUCCAACCGAGACCAGCGAUGCUCUGCUCGUACUGGAGGGCCUCGGCUCGGAGGAGGUUAACGGCCUGGGCAUGAAGAACAAUCCCGAGUCCCAAGACGGCGCACAGGUGAAGACCCAGCUCGCACUCAAAUGUUUCCCCACAGUUCUCUCAGGCCAGGCGGUCGGGGUUACCAGCGGUCUCUGCUUACCGACAUGUCGCGAUUCGCAGCUUUGUUGUUUGCUGCGAGGCUCCCUAACCAUUAAGGCUCAAAGCAACACCUCUGACAGAGAUUCACCACAGUUCCCGACAUCACCAACCGCAGAGCCCGCCGUAGAAGUGCGCCCUGACAGCGCGAGCCCCACCAUGCAGACAGAGAGAAGCGCCGGUGCGUCCCGGGCGCCGUGUUCGCGCGGUGGAGCCGAGAAGGCGCUGAAAGUUCCAGGAAAGACCAGAAAGGGGUCUCUUAAAAAUUGUCUGAGCAAACUUUUCAGAACUAAAAGCUGUAGUGGCUCUAAUAGUCUUCUGGAUAAGAGACCAUCGGUGACGUUUUCAAUUUCUUCAGAUGGCAGUUUGGUGGACAUGUCAGGCGCGAGCACCGUGGAGCAGGACGCAGCCAGCCAACCUGGAUUAACAAGGGCCCAAAGUGCCUUCUCUGGAGCUGCUUUCACAUCUGUCUUUACUGGAGAGACAGUGUCACUGGUGGAUGUGGACAUCUCACAGAGAGGGAGAAACUCUCCUCAUCCACCAACCCCUCCUCCACCUCCACGCAGAAGUCUCAGCCUGCUAGACGAUAUAGGUGGGCCACAACCAGGGCCUUUCCUAGUGAAUGUAAUGGGGGCGUCCCUGCAGUCUCUCCCUCUGCCUCUUCCUCCUCCUCCCCCCCUCCAUGCCACCAUCCAGCAUAGCCUCAGCCUCAAUGAUGCUUUCUUCCGAGCGCUCCCUCAUUCUGCACCAUCACCGAUUGAGACUCCACCUCCAAUGAGAGUAGCUCCACCUGCAAAUGUGUGUCCUCUGAGGGGAGUUGAUUCCAGCAGCUUCACCGCCAGCCUGAGAGAACUGGAGAGGUGUGGCUGGUACUGGGGGCCAAUGAACUGGGAGGACGCCGAAUUGAAGCUGAAAGGGAAGCCAGAUGGUUCAUUUCUGGUGCGAGACAGUUCAGAUCCCCGAUACAUACUCAGCCUGAGUUUCCGCUCACAAGGAGUUACACACCACACACGCAUGGAGCAUUACAGAGGGACCUUCAGUUUAUGGUGCCAUCCAAAGUUUGAGGACCGCUGCCAUUCUGUGGUGGAGUUUAUAGAGCGCGCCAUCAUGCAUUCUAAGAACGGAAAAUUCCUGUACUUUCUGCGAUCACGUGUACCUGGACUCCCACCGACCCCGGUGCAGCUCCUGUAUCCAGUCUCCCGCUUCUGUAACGUCAAAUCCUUGCAGCACCUUUGCCGCUUCUGUAUCCGACAGCUCGUCCGCAUAGACCACAUUCAGGAGCUCCCCCUCCCGAAACCCCUCAUUUCCUAUCUGAAAAAGUUCUACUACUAUGACCCAGAGGAAGAGAUGUACCUGUCAAUCAAAGGCAUGCGACAGAUGGCAGGUGUGGAGCAAGAGCCAGAGUCUGAGACGUAGCGCGAGAGACAUAUUUGCUGUUUUCUCUGUAUGGAUAGCAGAUGGGAUAGUGCAUAGUUGCUCCUGUUGCACAGCUCUGCCCAAAAUUCCCUAUCAGUCUUCCAGCAGAAGCCAAUGGACAUCAUCAGAAUGGCUGCUCAUUGUAUUAAGUCAAGAUGGGAUGGUGAAAUGCUGGAGUACUGUCCAUAUGAAACUGGCCAGAGAUGGUCCGCCAAGAAUUAGACUACUGGAAGGCACAGAACUGUGAAAUGAAAUGGAUAGAACGUUAAAUGUGAUCUGGAGUUAUGACAUAAACCUCCAUCUGUAGCUCAUGAAAACAUUGGACUUUUUAAACUGGACACAUUUGUGAAUUGCUUUCCUUUCCUUUGUUUUUUUUUUGUUCUUUUUCUCCCUGUUAUCUUGCCGUCUCCUUUAUUUGCCCGGUACCUCAACUGUAACUUCCUCAGCCUGACUGCAGGCCAUCUUUUCAGUAAAAGAAAGUAAAA